CAAAACUCGAGCCCCUCCUACUUACACGAACUUCUCUCGCACGCACAACUCCCGCCUCCAAUUCGUACCUUUGUUGUCGUCGCGGAGCAUGAGCUCGCAGAAAUCUGCCUUGCCGAUUCACACCACGCAGGAUCCGCACAAUAACGUCCAUAACGAGAAAGGACAUCACGAGCAUAUCUCUCUCGAUCUCGAUCCCUACGCUCCCUCCAAUGUCUACUAUGGCGCAGACCACGGCCCUAGAAAGGUUGCGAAGAGUCGUACAUACUCUGCUGUCGACCCCGGUCACAAUAAGGUAGGCACGGAAAACUACAGCGCACCGUCCAGACGGCUCAGUCAUGAUCUGAUGGGUAAUGCCCCCCGUCGCUAUCUCAUCAACGUCGACGACACUCUGAAGACACUGCUCUCACGUGAGGACUCCGAUGGGAAUGUCCAGAUUACCAUCGACGACAAGGGUCCCAAGACCAUCGAGCUGGGCACAGCAGCCUCGGGAGGAUACAAGCGCUUUGAUGUGCGCGGCACAUACAUGCUCAGCAAUUUGCUGCAAGAGAUGACACUGGCCAAAAAGUAUGGCCGCAAGCAGAUCGUACUCGAUGAGGCACGUCUGAACGAGAACCCUGUCAACCGACUUUCUCGUCUCAUCAGGGACCAGUUUUGGCCAAAUCUCACCAGAAGUAUUGAUGGAUCCAACAUUUCUGCCGUAGCCCGUGACCCCAAGGACUGGACAUCAGACCCACGCCCACGCAUAUACAUCCCGCUCGGCGCACCUGAGCAACACGCCUACUACACUCGCAUUGCCCGGCAACACCCUGAGAUGCGUCUCGACGUUCAAUGGCUGAAGGAGGGUGGUCCUGAUGAUGAUGAAUAUGUUCGUGACUUGAAUGAGGCUCCUGGUCUGCUCGCAAUCGAGAUGGAACGCGUCGCAGACACUCCCGAAGGGGAGCCAGACUUCAAGGGACUGCCGUUCGUGGUACCUGGUGGCCGUUUCAACGAGUUGUAUGGAUGGGAUAGCUACAUGGAGACUCUGGGUCUGCUCAUCAACGAUCGCGAGGAUCUCUGUAAAGCCAUGGUGAGGCACUUUUGCUUUUGCAUUCGACACUACGGCAAGAUCUUGAAUGCCAAUCGAUCGUACUACCUGCGCCGCUCGCAACCUCCCUUCCUCACCGAUAUGGCGCUUCGUGUCUACGAGCGCAUCAAGCACGAGCCAGACAGCCUUGAAUUCCUUCGCGCCGCUAUCCUGGCGGCGAUCAAGGACUACUACGCCACGUGGAUGUCGCCACCCCGCUAUGACCCCGAGUCCGGACUAUCGCGUUAUGUUCCAGGAGGCCUCGGCGUGCCGCCAGAGACAGAGGCUUCUCACUUCGUGCACGUGCUCCAGCCAUAUGCCGACAAACACAAGAUGACGUUCAAGGAGUUUGUGCAUGCAUAUAACUACGGCCAUGUCUUCGAACCAGAACUUGACGAGUACUUUCUCCACGAUCGUGCUGUUCGAGAGUCUGGACACGAUACCUCGUACCGCUUGGAAAAGGUAGCCGCUCAUCUCGCGACCGUCGACACCAAUUCUUGUUUGUACAAGUACGAAGUCGAUAUUGCACGUACGAUUCGUGCCUUCUUCGGCGAUAAGCUCGUUAUCCCCAAGGAAUGGCGCGCGCCCGGUCAGGCAGAGUUGGAAACUUCGUCAACCUGGGAUCGACGAGCCAAGAAGCGACGCAAGAUCAUGAAUGACCUGAUGUGGGACGAGGACAAGGGGAUGUUCUUCGACUACAAUACUGUGAAGAAGAAGCAGACUGGUUAUGAAAGUGCUACCACAUUCUGGGCCAUGUGGGCAGGCGCGGCAACCCCUAGGCAGGCAGCUGUGAUGGUCACCAAAGCUCUUCCCAAGUUUGAAGUUCACGGCGGUCUUGUGUCUGGUACUGAAGAGAGCCGCGGUCCCGUCGGUGUGCACCGGCCCAAUCGCCAGUGGGAUUACCCAUUCGGCUGGGCUCCACAACAGAUCCUAGCAUGGACGGGUUUCCUGCGGUAUGGCUUCGAGGAAGAAGCACAGAGACUUGCGUAUCGCUGGAUCUACAUGGUUACGAAGGCAUUCGUCGACUUCAACGGUGUUGUGGUGGAAAAGUACGACGUGACACGGCCGAUUGAUCCGCACAAGGUCGCUGCAGAGUACGGCAAUCAAGGUGGUGACUUCAAGGGUGUGGCGACUGAAGGCUUCGGCUGGGUCAAUGCAUCCUACGUUUAUGGUCUUCAGAUUGUGAAUGCCCACAUGAAGCGUGCCCUCGGUGCCGUCACCAACUGGGACACUUUCAAGAAGAUGACCGAGGCUUCUGACGACGACGCAGUCGAGAUUCUCCACAAGGACCCAACCUACCAUGCGAAUGGAAGCGGUCCGGUCGAGCAUCACCCAGCUCCGUCGAAGCACGCUCACGCCGGCUCCGCCUAGACAAACAUGGAGGAAGCGAAGAUGGCAACACCUCCUAGGCGAUAGAGAAUUGAAGAUCGAUGAUGAUGAUUACGACGACGACCUGAAAGUUUUGGUUCGGAUAGUAGUGUGUGUGUGCACUUGAGUUGGCCUAGAAUAGAUGAAUCAGCGAAUUGCUGAGAUCAGUCAUUCUCCCCCCUUUUCCAUCGUGAUGGAGCUCUGAAGUGUCCGUUCGCGCUGUCACAUGCACCCAAGUGCACUACGAGGUACGAGGGUCUAUACAGUAGCACCUCGGACUAGCGCAGGAACGCAGGAACGAACCCCACCAUUGCCAAGGUUGGGCCCUUUUACCUACGAACGUUCCAGAAACAGCUGUCGGGCUGCAGCUUCUUCCAUUGCACGGAAUUUUUACUUCUUGUAU